AUGCACCGUCUGCGGCUUCCACGCGCGGCGUCUGCAUCGGCAAGCCUGAGCAGGCGCCUCACUACCGCAGCGCAGCUGCAGAUUGCGGAGGAUCAGAUCUGGCGGGGGCUGCAGGGGCGCCUCGCCGGCUUCCACCCGGAGCCGGAGCCCUUUCGGGUGGCGGUGGUGGGCCGGCACUCCCUGGAGUUUGCGGCAACCGUGCGGGCGGUCAGCCGCGCAGGAGCGACUGCAGCUCCGGUAGAUGCGUCGGCCUUCGACGCAGAGGAGCUCACGGCGCUCUUCGCGGAGGCGCAAGUGCACAUGGCGGUGUCGGCAGGCAGCGGAGAUGCCACAAUGCACGAGGCCGCGCGGUGCCUGGGGAAGCCGGCGGCCUCUGCCGAGAAUUUGGCGGCCGAAGGCCGAGCGCCGAUGUGCGGGAAUUACCUUGGGAGCGCACAGUUUGUCUUCCUGUACUUGGAGAAGGGCGAGGCACUUCUUAGGUGA